AUGGAUGCAUCCAAACUUCCUCCAUUACGUGGAAGUUCAAUUGAUAAUCAUCCGAAUGCUAAAAGGCAACAGAAUGGUAUCACUGUCGUUGAUGGAAAUCGACAAGGCAAUGGAAUCAAUCAACUGUCUUACCCGUAUGGUUUGUAUGUUGAUGAUGAUCAAACUGUCUAUGUCGCUGAUGAGUCGAAUCAUCGUAUUGUGGAAUGGAAAUGGGGUGCGACGAGUGGCCAAGUGGUUGCCGGUGGAAAUGGACAAGGAA